AUGUACGACGGCUAUGCGUAUUUCCCAAACAACUAUUGGGAGACAGCGCCAAACAACGAUACAUUGGAUCAGUGUUCAAGCGAUGGCGUUUGGAUGAUGCUACGGCCGCACGUCAUCUUCGUGACCUUUAUUUAUAGCGCAGCGGCUACAUGGCAUGGAAAGCAAAAAGCGAAAUCUGCCGAUGCCGCGCAACAACAACGCAUGAUGCUCGGGUUUAUGAAAUGGUUCACAGCCGCAUGCUCUUGCUCAUCCCUUGUCCUACUAUUCCAAGUGCUUUGGGGCAUCCUGGAUGUAUUUACCUUGUCACUGCCGACCCAAAUUUACUAUUUUAUCCCCUACACAGCUAUUGCGGCGCUAGGGGAUUUGGGAGCAAGCUGUUGCCUGAUUGCAGCUGUCUGGAAGUGUGGAAAG